AUGAUCUCCGGAGAGCCCACAAAUGGAGAUUUUGCUAGGGCUCGAAAAUCUCAUGAGCGCCGCUUGAAGAUACACGUUGUAGGAUGCAGUAGGGAGCAAGUUGCAGGGCCCAUCAUCAGCUUUGGGCCACAAGACUUGGAGGGGCUAGAGCUUCCUCAUAAUGAUGCCCUAAUAAUCAAAGUCAUCAUCGCCAACAGUCGUGUGGCUAGAGUUUUCGUUGAUACCGGAAGCUCUGUCAACGUGUUGUUCAAGAGUGUAUUCGAGGGAAUGCAAAUCGACGUCAGUGAACUCCAGCCUGUGACUACUUCAUUAUACAAUUUCACCGACAAUGAAGUACGACCCAUGGGUCAAAUCAAGCUAGUCAUAUCUUUGAGCAGUGAGCCCCUAGUAAGGAUGCAAAUGAGAACCUUCAUAGUAAUGGAUUCGUCGUCCUCGUACAACGUCAUCUUAGGGAGACCAACAUUGCACGAGUUCCGGACAACAGUCUUCACUUUCCACCAGAAGAUCAAGUUCCCUUUGGGAGACCAAGUCGGGAAUGAGGAGCCUCUACCUAUAGCAGAGGAGCCCAUUUCUUGGGAAGAGGUUCAGCUCUAUCCCAAGCUCUCAGAAAGCCUCACCCACAUAUCGAGUGACCUGCUUAUCGAGAUCAAGACAGACCUGGUUCAAUGCUUGACGUGCAAUAGGGACAUCUUCGCUUGGUCCCCCGAAGAGCUACCCGGAGUUAGGCCCGAGGUGAUUGAGCACAAACUACAUCUUCUGCCUGAUUCCUGA